AUGUUUCGUCUCCAGUUCUUGUUCCUCUGUGCAGUCUCACUUUGUACACAGAAAGCUGUAGCAUCUGCUGUUUUACCCGUCAACGACCCAUUCUAUACGCCUCCUGCUGGAUUCGAAACCAAAAAAGCAGGAACAAUUCUUCGCAAUAGACUAGUCCCGUCUCCUCUGGAAAGUUCUCUCAAUAUCUCUUCCGCCCACCAGAUUCUCUAUCGUACAACCAACUCUUUCGGAAAGGCCAUCGCAACCGUGUCAACGAUUCUCGUUCCCAAAAAUGCUGAUCCGUCGAAACUACUAUCCUAUCAAGUCGCGGAAGACGCCGCUAGCCCGAAUUGCUGCCCAUCAUACGUCGCUCAAAAGGGGUCUCAGUCAGGAGGCGCUUUUGGGACGGUGGUUACGAAGGUCGAGCUGGGUCUUAUUAACGAUGCGCUAGAGCACGGGUGGUAUGUGACGGUGCCUGACUUCCUGGGACCGAAUGCCGCAUUCCUCGCCAAUAACCUGGCUGGAUAUGCUGUCCUGGAUGGAAUACGUGCCACGCUUGCAUCAUCUAGCUUUACAGGAGUUGCGGCAGAUCCUAAGACGGCGCUUUGGGGAUACUCUGGCGGCAGCUUAGCCAGUGGAUUUGCUGCAGAACUUCAGCCUGUGUAUGCACCGGAGCUGAAGAUCGCUGGAGCGGCACUAGGAGGGACGUGUCCUGAUAUUUUGUCUGUUCUAUACAAGAUCAAUAAGAGUCUCUACGCUGGGUUGAUCGCCACUGGCAUUGUGGGACUAGGAAACGAGUAUCCUGAAAUAGCAUCUCUCAUCUCUUCACAGGUCGUUCCAAGCAAAGCCAAGGCCGUAAAGCAGGUCAAGAACACGUGCUUAGGAGCCAACACCAUAUCUUUUGCAUUCCAAGACAUAUUCAAGUUUGUCAAGGAUCCUAGCAUCUUCAACGGCACUACCGUCAAGGCCAUCGCAGACGCCAACAAUAUGGGCCAUCAUACACCAAGCAUUCCGUUGAUGGUCUAUAAAGGCGUCAAGGAUGAGAUUAGCCCCAUUGCCGACACUGACAGUCUUAUUCAACGUUAUUGCCAGGGAGGUGCCGCUGUUGAGUACAGGAGGAAGGCGUCAUCAGGCCAUGUUGAUCUCUUCUUUUCUGCUUCAAAGGAAGUGUUGGCUUGGCUGAAGGGUCGUCUGGACGGUGUUGCUGUUCAGCCGGGCUGUACAAAUACGACUUAG